AUGGGUCGGCUCGACCGGAGUGAUACCACGGCCUCACAGAAGACCAACGUGAAACAACCACAGCGUUGUGUUUCGCCGUGUGAAAAUAUCGCUAAGAGUCGCCAGUCCCGUCGGAAGAAAUCAUUUAAGUUUACAUUCUACUGUUUAUAUGCUUUGGGCUUACCCUUAGUUAUGACGUUUGCCCUGGGUAUGCUUAAUUUGUACAAGGAAAAUAUGAAACGGUAUCCGUGGAUCAUUAUACCCCACAUACCCGAAGACGGAUGUUUUCUCCUUGAUUCAGUUAAAAUGCUCUACCUAUACACGCCGAUGGUGAUCCUAAUCAUCAUCAAUUGGACGUUCUACAUAAUGACUGUUUUUAACAUUUGGCGUUGGAAGAAAGGUACUCAAGCAUUGAAUUCAUUGAGUGGGGCUAAUGAACUGAGCCAUCGUUCUGAUUUUAGAAGGAUUGGCGAUAUUCAUCAUAUUUAUAUGCAAGAGGAGUAUCUGGAUAAAACUACAAAGAAGAUACAACGAAUUAAGAAAACGAUUCAAAAGGGAAGGAUCGUCGAAACCACCAGUUGGCAGACUUUCCAGCCAACAAUCUGCUCCUGCGUCUAA